AUGUCUUUGCACAAUGGAAUUCUCUAUCUCUCUGGCUGGCUCAUUAUUCCUAGCAUCCCCACCAUUUUCAAAUCCCUCCUCUCCCUCACACAUGAUAGCCUCAGGCACUUUGGCAGCAAUAAGUAUUACACUGUGAACAAGUCCCUUCCCUUAAAGCCUUUGGGCCCUCUAUACCCUCUACCCAUUUCUAAUGCUCAUGGCAACAGUGUUGCUAUAAAAUUUAUCAGGCCCCUGCCUAUUGACUCUGGCUACAAUAUGAUUAUCUCCAUGACCUAUAUAUCUAGCUCCAAUAUCCAUAUCAUCCCCACCAAGUCUACCCUUACUGUAAAAGAAUUUGUGGUUCUAUUUUUUGAUCAUUGGUAUUGUGAAAAUGGCCUCCCUUUUAAAAUUGAUCAAAUUGAGACUGUCUUCUACACUCCACCCAUAAACUAA